CUCAUGAAGCAUCUUACCAACAAGUACACUUGCUGCUAUUUAGCUACACCUAUAUUUAGUAUCUUACUGGUAGGCCAAGUGAAUUUAAAUGGACCUACCCUCAAUGCUUUGAGAACAAGAUUGACUGUAACCAACCAUGGAAACUGGGGACCUCAAAUUCCUGCGUUGAAAAGCUGCAGUGCCUGCUGGUGUACUUCUUUGCUUAAUUCAAGUCACUGAUUGGUUAAGUAACUGCACACAUUGUUGCCAAGGUGUACAGUGACUGCUGUUGAAAGAAAACCAGAAAAACCAGGAGAAACUGCAGUUCAGGGAGUUCUAAAUAGUACCUGCCUUCUUGGUUUAAAAAGAAUCGCUUGGGAGAAACAGUUCAUGUGUAUAAUACUGAAGUCACCAUUGCCAUAAUAGUGUGCUAGUCUUACUAGAGAGCUAAUGUUUCUGGCUAAUGUCACUGCUUUGAGAGGCCCCUAUAUUGAAAACAAUGAACAAUGUGUGUUUCCUGAAGAGGCAAAUUUGUCCAUCGCUCCUCUGCUAAACCAAAACCAAAUUGGACCUAUCAUUUCUGCUCCUGGCCGGAUCCUGUCCUGAUGCUGGUGAAGUAACUGUCCUGUCCAAUGAAUGUGGAGGGGCCUCUGCACUGUUUGGUCCCUGAUCAGCAGCUUAUGACAGCUUCUCUCCACAGCAGCCCGACAGAAUGGACUCCUGGGACACGUAUUGGCUUUCCAAAGCCGCAGUAGGCUAGCUCUAGGUAAUGGCCCUGUGACGUGUAGGGAAUGUACUCUGAAAUUUUUUUACAUACUCAUUUUUUUAAUUUGGCAUGUCCAGUCCCACCCAAAUUUGGAAUGUACAAUCCAAUUUCACGCUUCACGAAAGCAGCUCAAUCACCGUCCAAGCCCUCAAGCUAGCAGCAAGGGCCAGCUCUGUGCGGGAAGUGGAGGGGCUAAGCUGGUUCAAAUGCAUAUCCAGCAGAGCACCAUAGAAAUGGGAAGCUGCACAGUGAAAACAAGGUGCACAACUGAUUCAGGAACGGCUUCCUCCAGUCAAUGACAAAAAGAAUCAACUGGAAAGCAUGGUUGUGAGCCAAACUAAGGGUGUUACAGUGGCCUGACUACAGAGUAACAGAGGCUGCAAACACCAGGCAUGGAACGACAGUGCUGCCUGCAUGAAAUACAAACAAGGCUAAGGUUACCUCUGACAGUUGUUUCUGGCACAUUACAGCCGCUUGCUGAAAAUCCCCCUGCUUAGUCAGGGGGCGCCCUCUUUGUGGGUUAAUGUGGGUAAUGAGGAUUGGGAUGGGAUUUGGGGGAGGAACAGAAGCAUACAUGCAUGUGGUAGAGAAAGGACAUUUUAAAAAUGAGGUUUUCUGCACUAGGACAGACGAAGGUGGGGGACGGGGUGGUAUUGGAUUUGGAGGAAUUCAGGUUUUACAUAAGGACAUUACGAAUACACAGAAAGAGUAGAAACUGUCCCAGACAUAAAUUUGGAAUAACUAGGUUAAGAAAUGGGAGGAGACUGGAUAUUGCGUGGUAAAUGCAACUUCCAUUUGUGAACAAGCACUCAGCAAUGUAGAUGCACUAAAGUGAAAAGACUGGCAACAAGGGGGACAAUGAUAUAAUGUAAAUACUGAUAAAAUAGGGCAACACAAGAAAGGAAUGGGAAAGAGACUGGGAAGGCCCACUGAUUGACAGAAACAGGCUUUCAUAACAACAGCUGAGUCUAGUAAUGAAGAUAACAGUAGAGGGACGUAACAGCUAAAAAUAGAAAAAAAUAUUUGUUUAUUCAGUAGCCCAUUUGUCACUAAUCAGUUUGUACUGCAGACUACUACAUUGUAAUACAUGACAUUCCUUGUGGCGUAAUUUCAUAGGCAAAUAUAGUUCAGCAAUGGCUACAAUAAUUAACAGAUUCAACGCUGUGUGAUUGCUAGUGUGGUAUAGACUUAAAACUAUUGGACUAGGAUGCUGCUGUAUUUUCAGUAGAAUACUAACAUUGUGUGUCUGAAAUACACAAUUCUCCCACCUGAAACUAGUUUUUCAUGUCUUUCCAGAAAAGGGUUUCUGCCUAAAUGUUUAAAAACAGCCAGAUAAUUACAACACAGCUAUUUGAGCAGGCUUUGUGUAAUUCAUAGUGCAAGGAACAAUAGUCUCCUUAAAGUCCAAGUAAAUGAAAAACACUGUUAUACUAGGCUAAUGUAGCAUAUUCCCCAAACCAUUCUGCUGUGGCAGAAUCACAUUGCUCAGAGCGGUACAGAAUUUGAGAAACAACUGAAACUGAAUAUUUCUCGUAUAUUUACAUGCACUGAAACAAAAGCUUCUGUUUAUGUGCAAGAAUUAGGGUUUUAAAGGUUCUAGCCCCUCUGGAGUGGCAAUCCAGAUAAGUCCUGAGCUAGUCCUUUUAAUAACCCAGUUACACAUUUAGAAACACGGAGGAGGACACACUGCAGUGAAGGUCACUGUUUAUUAGUUCACAUCUGUGCCACAUGUGACAAUGUUGGUUCAGUUAAAUGCAAUACAAUGUAAUAUAGUGUGAGCCUGCUAAGGUUAGCAUUGCCAAUUUAGCUGUAACCUUUUCCCAUUGUGCACUACUGAAGAUUAAGGGGGUGUAGUACUGCAUGCCAAACAUUCUUGACAUUUUUAAACUGUGGCCUACACACUGCUAGAAAAAUCAUGCAUGCACAUACCUUAUUUAAUAUUAACUUUAAUCUUUGAUACAUAAACUUGCACAUCUUUAGGCAGCCAUAUAGUUGUUGAGGGGUUCUGUGAUAAUGUCAUAAGAGAAAUAUAGUAUGGCAAAAUGUUUUCUGUAACUUCCCAUUUAAGGAGAGGGGUUGGAUAUGAGGGGGAGGGGUUUCCACUCCCCUGUUGUUUGAAAGGUGACAAGGCUGCAGAGAGAGGAGAGAGGCAGAAAUGAGGGGGUGUUUCUUUGGACAAACAGAUGGAGUGACAAACAGCACUAUGAAUUAAGGAUGACAUGAGAAAGAAAAGGGGUGGAAAGACCAGAGCAAUAGGAAGGAGGAAAACCGAUGAUGUCAUAAACAGGACCUUGAGAAUCCGGGAAGCAAACGCAAACAUGUGGAGGCACUGGUGUGUUUCUGGGCCAUUGCAUGGAAUUGCAUGACUUCGUCACUGGGGUUUGGCGUUGACUGCAGGAUCACGAAAGACCAGGAUCACUACAAUAUUGGAUCAGUCAAUCGAUGGCAUUCUAGCUCAAGAAGAUUAUACCAGCAUUGGAUUGCUUCAUUGCUAGAUCACCAGUGGACUGAAGCGUGUUAAUAAUAAAUCGUUGGCAUCCAUUUUUCAUCAUAUACAAUUAAAUAUCCCAAGAGUAAUAUUGCAUUUUUUUUACUUGACACUCCUGGACGGUGAACUAACUUAAUUACUGGAGCGGUGAACCAGACUUAUACAGUUUUUUAUUAAUUUCCUGUCAGUGACACAUACAUUUCAGAUCAGGAUGUUCCUUAACUCCGUUUUAGUUGCGGUGACUAACCUCGCAGCUGGACUACUUGGCAAUGCUUCUUUCCGGCGACACUUUCACCUGGUGCUCUCAGGUUUGGUUCUGUUUGGCCCUGCCCUGAGUCUUUGGGUCUCACAGUACAGCAUUUUUGCAAACAAGAGCCACUACCUAUACAGGAAGUUUCUGCGCUCCGGCUGGGGCUGGACCUGCAUCUUCGUGGGCUCCUUCGUCUUCCUCCUCUACUUCUCCGUGCAGCGGUCCCUCGCUCUCUCGCUGCGGCACCUCUCCCGGCUGGCCACGGCAGGCCUGCUGUGGGUGGGCUUUCGGCGGGCGCUGUCUCUCCUGGAGAAUGCGACGGGGAGCUGCUACAAGCCCCUCAGCGCCUCUGUGGGUGGGCAGCUGCCACAAGGCCUCACCGGGGGCGGGGCAGGGCAGCCCCUGCUGCUGCUGCUGCGGGAGGGGGAGACCAAGACCAGUUGCCUGAAAUCGGGCAUGUUGUGGCGCGGGUACGAGGUCUCCGAGGACGCCUUCCUGCUCUGCCUGUGCUGCCUGCUGCUGGCAGAGGAGACGGCCGUGUUCGGGCCCUACCUGGCCCUGGGCGGGGUCUCCGGGGCCCCGUUGAGGCUGCUCUUCCUGUUCUGCGUCUUCCUCCUGGGCCUCUGGGUCUUCCUGCUGCUCUGCCUCUUGGCCCACUUCCCGCAGUUCCCCACCCAGCUGCUGGGGGGCGCUCUGGGGUGCCUGGGAUGGAGGAGCCUAUACCAGGGGUGGUACCGCCUGGGACCGAGUUGGUACUGCCCUGGGCGGCCUGGGGUGGGGUUGCUGACCACAGCUGGGAAACCGCGACAGAACACUUAAAGACGAUUGGAUAAACCAACACUCAAACCUUAAGACAGAAGUAAUAAAGGAGGUGUGUUAUCCCAGCUUUCUAGGGAAAUCCCAGUUUAAUAAUGCUACUGGGGAAACAACAUCAGUUCACCUAACCUCAAGUGGCAGCCCUACAGCAUAAAGUUCAAGGUCAUGGGGUCAGGGAUUGUUACGGAGGAACAUGUGAAAAA